AUGUCUAACGUAGCUCUGACAGCUAUUUCUAUAGCUAUAGGUGUAUUCUUCAUAUUCUUUGGGACAUUGAAACUAGGCCCAUUAUUUUCUGAUGAGUUAUAUCGUAGUGUGAGGAAAAGUUUCAUUCGAAUGUUUAAAACAUUUCCGUUUAGUUCAUUAACUGGAUGGAAUCCUAGUCCUCAUGCAAUUAGGCGAGUUUAUGGAACAACAGAAGUUGUCGGUGGUGUUGUACUUGCAUCUUGUCCAGGUAUCGCACAAGAUGUCAGCAAUGUUGUACUGCUUGUUUUAAUGUUACUUCACUUGUUUGGCAUUUGGCGUGCAGGAGAUGGGUUAAAAGAAGCAUCCAAUGCUAUAGUAUUAUGCUUGAUGUUGACUUGCAGAUUCAUCAUAAGAAUUCAAUAAUAUUUUUCGAAUUUGUAUGUGAGUUGCGUAUUUAUUUAGUGCUUUCGGAUUUCGAGGUGUGGUUUACUGGAUAAUGCAUUUGGCUUCCAGUUAUUAAAUACUAGGCUCAAAAUUCUUGCUUACUCUGAUCGAAACACCCUUGGGUAGUGUCAUAACGCGAGUCGGCAUACUACAUAUAACUUUCACACCAAACGAUAAAUACAUGUUUAUCCCAAAAUAUUGUUCUGAUAUUUAUAGUUUCGACCCUUACUAGAGAUUGCGCUAUUAGUAUGAUUACUAAUUUACCGUCCUCCUUUAUGGUUGUGAGACCUGGCCACUGAGAGUGGAAGACAUGAAAAGACUAGCUGUCUUUGAUCAUAGGUGCCUGCGCUCUAUUUCCCGUGUAAAGUGGCAUAAUAAGGUGAGCAACAUUGAGGUUAGGCGUAGAGUUCUAGGUAAACAGGGGAAAUCAAUCGACGAAGUCGUGAGGAUACAAAGACUGAGAUGGUUAGGA